CUGAAUACAUAGAUUCGGAGGCUCCUGACGCCUGCCAUAUGGCUUUACAAUCCCCUAUGGUUACGUUCACUUCUUCCUCUUCUAGCUUUCUUUCCCCUCACAUCUUUCGCAGAUCGAGAUGGAGAAAUUCCUCCGCGAGUGGCGGCAAGAUGCCUUGAAUAAACACCAGUACGACUCCGCUAUAUUUAUUGGGGACAAAUUACUGGCUUUAACGAAUAAUGACAAAGAUGGAUUUUGGCUCGCUCAAGUUCACUUCUCGACCGGCAAUUACACCCGCGCCCUGAGCUUCCUCUCUCGACAAGACCUCAUUGCAACCAACCCCUCGUGUAAAUAUCUGGCCGCGCAUUGCUGUGUAAAACAAGGAAAGUUUGACGAAGCGUUAAACAUUUUGGGCGACAAGAACCCGGUACAUCUCAUAAGUGCGCCUGGAAGUGCCAGGAGGAAACUCCAGCAUGUCGAUGGCCGGAAACACUCUAAGCUGGGAGCUAGGAGCGACAGAGUGGACCGCAGCGAAGAGAGGGAUAAAGAGGAUAUCGCAAAUAUACGGUUCGAGGCCGCCAUGUGUUACCUGAGGGGAGUCUGUUACGCCAAACAGAAUGCCUUUGAUCGAGCCAAAGAUUGCUACAAAGAUGCCGUUCGGAUAGACGUCCAGUGCUUCGAAGCGUUCGACCAGCUCAUGAAGAACUCCCUCAUGUCCCCGAGCGAGGAGUGGAAGUUUUUGGAAUCGUUGAAUUUCGACACUAUUACGGCAGACAACAACUCGACUUCCCAAGAAGCUGCGGAGUUUGUGAGAAUGCUUUACAUUACCAGGUUAUCCAAGUACGAGCAUCCUGAGGAAUUUACCGUGGCGACAGAGACCUUGUCUACCCACUACAACCUCGGGGAAAACCCAGAUAUCCUCCUCUCCAAAGCCGAACUGCUGUUCACUCAAUGCCGCUUCAAGGAAGCACUCGCCCUCACUUCGUCUGUUCUAGAGAAGGACCGGUACAACUUCAACACUUUCCCAAUCCAUCUUGCAUGUCUACAUGAACUCAACGAGAGAAACGCGCUCUUCCUCCUCGCCCACGACCUCGCAGACAACCACCCCGAAGAGCCUUGUGCCUGGCUCGCCAUCGGCGUAUACUACCUCACAAUUAACCGCAUCGCCGAAGCACGCCGAUUCUUCUCCAAAGCCUCAAUGAUGGAUCCCCACUUCGGCCCCGCCUGGAUUGGUUUCGCGCACACCUUCGCUGCAGAAGGCGAGCACGACCAGGCCAUAUCAGCCUAUUCGACCGCCGCGCGCCUCUUCCAAGGAACGCAUCUUCCACAGCUAUUCCUGGGUAUGCAGAAUUUGCAAUUGAACAACAUGCCACUAGCACACGAGUACCUUAACACGGCGUACGCCCUAUGCAAGACUGACCCGCUACUACUUAACGAACUAGGCGUAGUUCUGUACCACGAAGACAACCUGCAGAACGCCAUAGCGCUCUUCAAGCUCGCGCUCACGCUGGCGACGGAGGUAGGGUCUGAUCCUAGGGCUUGGCUUGCUACGCGUGCAAAUCUAGGCCAUGCUCUGCGGAGGACAGGUCAAUUUCCCGAAGCGCUCGCUUCUUUCGAUGACGUCCUCCGGUCUGGUGGGAAAGAUGCUGGUGUUUUCUGCGCUAAAGGGCUAGUGCUGUUGGAGAUGGGCGACAGCUGGCAAGCCGUCAUUGCACUGCACGAGGCGCUGGCUGUCAGUCCGCAGGAUCCGAUCGCGACAGAUCUACUAGGCAAGGCGUUGGAGGUUAACGAGGCUGUUCCUUUGAUGGAUGGCAGUGAGGAAGAGGAAUUUGAGCGGAGGAUCGGGGAGCGGAAAGGAGAGACUGCUAAUGGGAAGGCGAGGAGGAGGCCUAGGGGGAGGCUGAGUGAGGGUGAUGUGACGGGUGCGGGGGAGAGCAUGAUGGUUGAUUCGGAUGAUGAUUGAGUUUUGGGAAGCGUUGUACUGUACUACCAAGUACGUUGAUUUGGAUAUGACCGGCAUAGCAUUGGGCGGUGUUUUGGAGUAAUUCUCCCAUAGCUCUUAUGAUAGUGCAAGCGUUUCUACAAGUCCUGGGAUUUCAGUGUAUUGGGAGCGUAACUCCCUUGGUACAAUGAAUCUCGAAGAGGUUAUCCAUGUUGCUCUUCACGUGAUAUUGAAUUCAUUCGAUCCGAGAAUUCGAUAAUCUCAG